AUGUCCAGCCAACUCACCCUUCCCCAAGCCGCCCACGAGCGCCGCUCCAUCUACCAACUCCAAAAGGCCUCGACCAUCUCCGACGCCCGUAUCAAGGAGAUCGUGCACGACGCCAUCCGGGAAGUCCCCAGCAGCUUCAACUCCCAAAGCACACGACUUGUCGUUCUGGUCAAGGACGAGCACGACAAAUUCUGGGACAUUGUCACCGAUGUCUUGAAGUCGAUCGUUCCCGAGGACAAGUGGGAGUCCACCGCCGGCCGUCUGGCUGGAUUCAAGGGCGGAUACGGCACUAUCCUCUUCUACGAAGACCCCGAACCCAUCAAGUCGCUGCAAACCAACCUUCCUCUCUACGCCGACCGCUUCCCCGUCUGGUCCGAGCACACCUCCGCUAUGCACCAAUACUACCUAUGGACCGCCCUCGAGGCCGAGGGUCUCGGCGCGAACCUCCAGCACUACAACCCGCUACCUGACCAGAAAGCCGCGGAGCUGUUCAACAUCCCGCUCGAGUGGUCGCUCAAGGCACAGCUGGUCUUCGGCACUCCGGCCGAGGGCGCUCGCGCGAACAUCAAGGAGAAGGAGCAGAAGAAGCCGUUCGAGGAGCGCGUUUUCUUCAAGGGCUUUUAG